GUCUGCUAAACGCCACUAAACACAAGAAGAAGCAGCAGAAGCAGGAGAAACAGCAGUAGCACGUUUGGGAAUAUGGCGUCAGACGGAAUGAUUUUAACGAACCAUGACCACCAAACUCGAGUCGGAAUAUUGACAGUAAGUGACAGCUGUUUCAGAAACCUUGCUGAAGACCGAAGUGGAAUCAACCUUAAAGAUCUCAUUUAUGACCCAUCCUUGCUUGGAGGCAUAAUAUCUGCAUACAAAAUAGUACCUGAUGAGAGAGAUGAAAUCAAGGAGACUCUUGUGGACUGGUGUGAUGAGAAAGAGCUUAACCUUAUCUUGACCACUGGUGGAACUGGCUUUGCUCCUCGUGAUGUUACACCAGAGGCUACAAAGGAAGUGAUUGAGCGUGAAGCUCCAGGGAUGGCCCUUGCCAUGCUUAUGGGCUCCUUAAAUGUCACACCUCUCGGCAUGCUGUCAAGACCUGUAUGUGGCAUCAGAGGCAAAACUCUCAUCAUUAAUCUACCUGGCAGCAAGAAAGGCUCACAGGAGUGCUUCCAGUUCAUCCUGCCUGCCCUGCCUCAUGCCAUCGACCUUCUGCGUGAUGCUAUAGUUAAGGUGAAGGAGGUUCACAAUGCGCUCGAGGACCUGCCCUCACCCCCACCACCCUUCUCACCUCCCCCUGUCACCAGCCCACAUAAACAGACUGAAGACAAGGGCAUUCAGUGCGAGGACGAAGAGGAGGAAAAGAAAGACAGUGGUGUUGCCUCAACUGAGGAUAGUGGCUGCUCACAUAUCACAGCAGCCGCUAUUGCUGCAAAGAGUGUGUUCCAUCCCACUCAUGCUGUUAUCAUGGCCAAAGGGGGGCAGGCAUUGAAUUGUUUCGUCCCUCCCAUCCUUCCCUCUCAUUUCACCUGCAACUGUGGAGACAAGAUUCCAGAUGCCAUUAUUUCUCGGGGUGUGCAAGUGUUGCCACGGGACACAGCAUCUCUCAGUACCACCCCCUCAGAGUCUCCCCGUGCUCAGCAGUCCCGCCUGUCCACUGCUUCCUGCCCCACUCCCAAAGUACAGUCACGGUGUUGCAGCAAAGAGAACAUCCUAAGGGCAAGUCAUAGUGCAGUAGACAUCACAAAGGUGGCACGAAGACACCGCAUGUCCCCAUUUCCCCUUACCUCCAUGGACAAGGCCUUUAUCACUGUGCUAGAGAUGACCUCUGUUCUUGGUACUGAGAUCAUCAACUAUAGAGAUGGAAUGGGUCGAGUCUUAGCUCAAGAUGUCUAUUCCAAAGACAAUCUUCCUCCUUUUCCAGCCUCAAUCAAAGAUGGGUAUGCUGUCCGAGCUGCUGAUGGCCCAGGAGAUCGAUUUCUCAUUGGGGAGUCCCAGGCUGGGGAACAGCCUACUCACACAGUGAUGCCAGGCCAGGUAAUGAGGGUGACAACGGGAGCUCCAAUCCCAUGUGGAGCAGAUGCUGUUGUGCAAGUUGAGGAUACAGAGUUACUGCGAGAAUCUGAAGAUGGCACAGAGGAAUUGGAGGUACGGAUUCUGGUGCAAGCACGCCCAGGCCAGGACAUUAGGCCAAUUGGUCAUGACAUAAAGCGUGGGGAAUGUGUGCUGGCCAAAGGAACACACAUGGGCCCAUCUGAAAUUGGCCUGUUGGCUACUGUGGGAAUCACAGAAGUGGAGGUGCACAAGUUUCCUGUUGUGGCAGUCAUGUCCACUGGCAAUGAAUUGUUGAAUCCUGAAGAUGAUCUCCACCCAGGGAAGAUCAGGGACAGUAACCGCUCUACUCUGCUGGCUACUAUUCAAGAGCAUGGCUACCCUACAAUUAACCUUGGCAUUGUUGGAGACAACCCAGACGACCUGUUGAAUGCCCUGAAUGAGGGAAUAAGUCGUGCAGAUGUCAUCAUUACAUCUGGAGGAGUGUCUAUGGGAGAGAAAGACUACUUGAAACAAGUUCUGGACAUUGACCUUCAUGCCCAAAUCCACUUUGGUCGGGUGUUCAUGAAGCCAGGUCUUCCUACAACAUUUGCCACCGUAGACAUUGAUGGCACACGGAAGCUCAUCUUUGCCCUGCCUGGUAACCCAGUGUCAGCAGUUGUCACCUGUAAUCUGUUUGUUAUCCCUGCAUUGCGAAAAAUGCAGGGUAUUCUGGACCCAAGGCCAACAAUCAUCAAAGCUAGGCUCUCCUGUGAUGUUAAGUUGGACCCACGUCCAGAGUACCACCGCUGUGUAUUGACGUGGCAUCACCAGGAGCCCCUGCCUUGGGCCCAGAGUACAGGCAAUCAAAUGAGUAGUCGGCUUAUGAGCAUGCGCAGUGCCAAUGGACUUCUGAUGUUGCCCCCUAAAACAGAGCAAUACGUGGAGCUGCACAAAGGCGAGGUGGUGGACGUCAUGGUCAUAGGGCGGUUAUGAUGUUAUCAUAAAUAUUACAUAAAGAGUAAAGAUAUAUGUGGUGCAUGUCCACAUAUUUAUUAUAUUGUAAUAUGCAAUUGCACAGUUACUUUUAUUUUUUUUUCCUAUUUGGAUAGAAGUUGCUGAAGUAUUAUCAACCUUGCAAACAAAAGCAAAUUUAUGAAUAGACAUAGUAUUUCAGCAAGAGAGGGACGUAUGUAUGUAUGAAUGCGUGUAUACACACCUGUGUGUGUAUACACUAAAUGUUGAAUAUAAAAGGUCUGGUAUAUUCACUAAAUGGUGUAUAUAAACAUACCCCCCAGCUUAUAUUGUACCAAAUUAAACCACAAUAAAUAGUCAUAUCAAUAGAAA